UGAGAAUGAAAGUGAAAGUGCCAAAGUGGGAGCUACACAUGUAAUGUGGAUGAAAGGUUUGCGGCGUUAACACAGACCAUAUCAAACGUUCGGAGUGGCAUAUUAUUUUCCUGUGACUUAGUUCAUCAUCAAAGAGACUUGAAAGUGAGUCCUUUAUUUAAACAUUGGAAUAGCAGGCUCCAGGGUCAUGCGGCUGCGUCUCCUUUCCCUCCUUCUUAUCGUCAAAGUGUGUCGACUCAAUACUGUCAGUCCAGACGUGUGCCCACCCCUGUCUCAUUGGAAGCUCACCAAGCCUUUGAACACGAGGGAAAUUUAUCAAGAAAACGAAUCUCUGCGCUACCAGUGUGUGGAUGGCUAUGUGAGGAAGGCGGGAACCUCCAAUCUCAUCAAGUGCAAACGGAUUGGUCAGGUUCUUCAGUGGACACUCCCAACACUGAUAUGCAUACCUGACCCAUCCAUUCCAACUACGAUAGAACCUUCAACAACCCACAAGACAACUCAAUUUCCUACAACGCACCUCUCAGUGCCCACAGAGAGAGUUAGCCCAAGACCAACCACUCUCAGUUCACUUUUAUCUCAAACACUGCAUUCUGUCACAGAGACCCAAGAGGUCAUUACUACGGUUACAGUGACAACCACCAUCAUCAGUGACAUCACAUCAGUGCCAGUGAAUAAGUCCAGUGCGGUGACCUCUGUCUCCACGAAGACUGUUUCUCCAUCAGAGAGUUACUGUGUCCCCAACAGAGCCCCAACCUCCAGUGACUAUCCAGUUGGCGAUGGAAGCACUGGGAAGAGUUCUGCUACAGCCAUAUAUGCAGGUGUAGGUGGGGUGGUAGUAACCAUCUUGCUGGUUGCAGCGUUUGGAGUACUAAUGUUUUGGAGAAGGAAACGGAUGCAGCGGCUUGAUCUGUCGCCAACACCAGACGAAAUUAUGCAAAUGAAUGUUGUGACAUGAGCCACACUCCUUAGUGCCCUGGCGGACAACCAGCAGCCACUUAGAAAAGACAAAGGUACAUCAGUCUGAUGGUGGGGGAACAAUGACCUUGGAUUGGACAAGAACUGGACCAAAAAUUACAGUGGCUUGGACCUGAGUGUCCUCGCGUGGAAAAUUAAAAUAACAAAAGCACCACCCAAAUGUAUUAAUUUAAGACAUAUUGAUUUAUUUAAUUGAUUAAUUAAUAUCCUUAAACUGGCAAAGAUUCUAACUAAUCACAACAGCCCAAAAUCCAUGGGAUUACUUUCUCACUGAAUUCACAAAAGGUAUGUGAUAAACAUGCAACUUUGGAGAACAGUGAAAGUUAGGCCCGACUAACCGGUGCCUGUAUAUAGCCUUGCUACUGUAUAUAGCCUCGCUACUGUAUAUAGCCUCGCUACUGUUAUUAUUCACUGUAUUUUUACUGUUGUUUUUUAUUUCCUUACUUACUCCCAGUUAGAUAGCAAAUGUUCCUUUUUUUCAAAAAUAUUAUUUUUGUAGGCGAAAUAGCUCCGUUUGUUCUUCACGUUUGGCUGAGAAAUCGCCCGUAAAUUGCAGUCACGAAAACUGCAUUUUUCAAAUUACCUCCAUAAGACAGAAACAUGGCAAACGUUGUUUAUAAUCAAUCCUCAAGGUGUUUUUAAAAUAUCUAUUAGACAAUAUAUCCAUCGGGACAAUUCGUUUUUCAGUAGGACCGAUUGGAGUAAUGGCUACCUCUGUAUUUUACGCGAGAAUCUCUCUGGCAGCAUCAGGUGACCACUUGCGCAAUGUAGCCGCUUACGGGUAUUCUUCAACAUAAAUGCGUAAAACUACGUCACAAUGCUGUAGACACCUUCAGGAAUACGGAGAAAGAGUAAUCUGGUUGAUAGCCCAUUCACUGAUCAAUAGGGACUCAUUGGAACGCAGCGCUUUCAAAACAUGGGGCACUUCCAGAUUGGAUUUUUCUCAGGCUUUCGCCUGCAACAUUAGUUCUGUUAUACUCACAGACAAUAUUUUUACAGUUUUGGAAACGUUAGAGUGUUUUCUAUCCUAAGCUGUCAAUUAUAUGCAUAUUCUAGCAUCUUGUCCUGACAAAAAAUAAAUACCCCGGCAAAGCACAGUAGAAAAAAUGGUCACCAAAGAUCCAACUGAUUUGGAGUCCUAUAGAAAAUUAUGAAACACUGGUAAAACUAAAGCUAGAAAAGCCUCCUAUAUGGAUAGUCUUACAAAAAAUAAAAACAAAAAUCCACAGCAGUUCUGAAAAUACACAAAUUACCUUUGAAAUAAUCUGGCUUUAGACCCAACCAUUCUACCACCUACAGCAUUAUUGAAAUUUACUAAUGAUUUAUAUUCUAAAUCUGACCAAGGCCAACUAACUGGUGCCAUCAUUGAUUUAAUUGGGAAUUCUAUUUUACUAGCGAAACGUUAACAUUGGUUUCACUAACAGAUCACUAAACUGGUUUCAUGCAUAUUUUAGCAUUAGAAAACAAUGUGUUUUCAUAGACGGACACAAAUCACAACUUCUUGGACUCAGUAGAGGAGUACAUCAAUCUCUAUAGUCAUAAAUGAAUUGCCUCUAAUUUGUCAGGAUACACAAGAUCACUUAUACGCUGAUGAUGCAGUGCAGUAUACAUCCACUUCAAAUAAUUUACAGAUACAAGCAACUCCAAAGUCCUAUAUCAUACUGUGUUAUUGACUUGUUUAUUGUUUACUCCAUGUGUAAUUCUGUGUUGUUGUCUGUUCACCCUGCUAUGCUUUAUCUUCGCCAGGUCGCAGUUGUAAAUGAGAACUUGUUCUCAACUAGCCUACCUAGUUAAAUAAAGUUGAAAUGAAAUAAAAAAUGCUGUUUGGUAUGACACCGAAUGAACUCCAUAGCUGGAAAUUUCAAAAUUCAUUGAAGUGAUGGAACAAUGCUUGAAAGUGUUGUUUGUUUGAAAUAUCUGGGUUUGAGGAUAGAUUCUAAAUGAUCUUUUGGAAAGCAUAUUGAUUAUAUUAGAAAACAAUUGACUACAGUGCAUUCGGAAAGUAUUCAGACCCCUUCAUUUUUUCCACAUUUUGUUAUAGCCUUAUUCUAAAAUUGUUUAAAAUAAUUGUUUUCCCUUAUCAAAUGAGGCAAAAACAGGUUUUUAGACAUUUUUGCAAAUGUAUUACCAAUAAAGAACUGAAAUAUCACAUUUACAUAC